AGAGACCAUGCCUUCUGCAUCCUGUGACACGCUCCUGGAUGAUAUAGAAGAUAUUGUGACGCAGGAAGAUUCAAAGCCACAGGAUAGGCAUUUUGCCAGAAAGCACGUUGUUCCAAAGGUGCGAAAGCGAAAUACCCAGAAGUAUUUGCAAGAGGAAAAUAGUCCACCUAGUGAUAGCACUAUUCCAGGCAUACAGAAAAUUUGGAUACGAACAUGGGGCUGUUCACAUAAUAAUUCAGAUGGAGAAUAUAUGGCCGGACAGCUUGCUGCUUAUGGAUAUAAAAUUACAGAAAAUGCAUCCGAUGCAGACUUAUGGCUUCUGAACAGUUGUACUGUAAAAAACCCAGCUGAAGACCACUUUAGGAACUCAAUUAAAAAAGCUCAAGAAGAGAACAAGAAGAUAGUGCUCGCUGGAUGUGUUCCUCAAGCCCAGCCUCGUCAGGACUACCUUAAAGGAUUGAGUAUCAUAGGGGUCCAACAGAUUGAUCGUGUGGUAGAAGUUGUGGAGGAAACAAUUAAAGGUCACUCGGUGAGACUGCUGGGUCAGAAAAAGGAUAAUGGAAAACGCUUGGGGGGAGCACGGUUGGAUUUGCCAAAGAUUAGGAAGAAUCCACUGAUAGAAAUCAUUUCCAUCAAUACUGGGUGUCUCAAUGCUUGUACCUACUGCAAAACUAAACAUGCCAGAGGAAAUUUGGCCAGUUACUCCAUCGAUGAACUAGUAGAUAGAGCCAAACAAUCUUUUCAAGAGGGUGUUUGUGAGAUAUGGUUGACCAGUGAAGACACGGGGGCUUAUGGCAGAGAUAUUGGCACCAGUCUCCCCAUGCUCCUUUGGAAGCUGGUCGAAGUCAUUCCCGAGGGGGCGAUGCUGAGACUGGGCAUGACAAAUCCACCCUAUAUUCUAGAGCAUCUGGAGGAAAUGGCAAAAAUCCUCAAUCAUCCCAGAGUCUAUGCAUUUCUGCACAUCCCAGUCCAGUCUGCGUCUGAUACCGUGCUCAUGGAAAUGAAAAGAGAAUACUGCGUGGCUGACUUCAAAAGAGUAGUGGAUUUUCUGAAAGAGAAAGUUCCUGGAAUAACUAUUGCUACAGACAUCAUUUGUGGUUUUCCUGGAGAAACAGAUCAAGAUUUUCAAGAAACAGUGAAACUUGUUGAAGAGUACAAAUUUCCAAGCCUCUUUAUUAACCAGUUUUACCCGAGACCAGGAACUCCUGCUGCAAAAAUGGAACAAGUCCCAGCACAAGUGAAAAAGCAAAGAACAAAAGAUCUGUCUCGAGUAUUUCAUUCUUAUAAUCCAUAUGACCACAAGAUUGGUGAAAGACAACAAGUGUUAGUAACAGAAGAAUCUUUUGAUUCCAAGUUUUAUGUUGCUCACAAUCGAUUUUAUGAGCAGGUAUUAGUGCCAAAGAACCCCUCAUUCAUGGGGAAGAUGGUCGAAGUGGACAUUUACGAAUCAGGAAAACAUUUUAUGAAAGGGCAGCCAGUAACAGACGCCAAGGUCUACUGUCCAUCCAUCAGCAAACCAUUAGCAAAAGGAGUGGUCUCAGGUUUAACAGAGGAAUUCAGAAACAGACGUGGGAAUCACCUAAGUUCGUCCUCCCACCCCUGGGCUGCAGGUCGACGGGACUCGGCGGCGAGUUCCAGGCUAGUGCUGCAGAUGCAGAGGCUGCAUGGAGACUGUGGGCUGAAGAUAUCUGUGGGCUUGGCUCUCUUGGUGCUCCUUUUGGCUUUCUUUGUGAAGCUCUAUAAUUAG